AUGGCCGCUGCAUUACAUGUAGAAAAGCCUGCACAACCUCAAUUAGCCAAACAUGAUUCGAGUAUUCUCGAUUUAGCAUUUGCUAUGGAUUGCACUGGUUCAAUGGGAAGUUAUAUUGAAAGUGCAACACAAAAUAUUCGUGCCAUUGUGGAAGAAAUUGUAACAAGUGAAAAAAGUGAUAUUCAUUUAGCGCUUGUCGAAUACCGAGAUCAUCCUCCACAAGAAAAUACAUUCGUUAUUCGUGUACAUGACUUCACAGGUAGUGUUAAAGAAAUGAAAGGUUGGCUCGAGCAAUGUGAAGCAUCGGGAGGUGGUGAUACACCUGAAGCUGUAGCAGAUGCAUUACAUGGUGUUCUAAAAUUAUCAUGGCGUCCUGAGGCAACCAAAAUUUGUGUACUCAUUUCAGAUGCACCUCCGCAUGGACUCGACCCUAAUUGUGGUGAUGGUUUUCCUGAUGGAGAUCCGUCUGGUAUUGAUCCUAUAAAAACAGUGCGAGACAUGGCUGAAAAACAAAUCACGCUUUACUGUGUCGGAGUUGAACCACCUAUCGUACCCUAUCGUGAUUUUUUUAUGACUCUUGCUUACUUAACCGGUGGGCAAUAUGUUCCAAUGGUAAAUGCAAAAUUAUUAGCUCAAGUCAUAAUUGGUGGUGUACGUGAAGAAAUAUCCUUAGAACGUCUUAUGAAAGAUGCAGAGGAAGAUAUACAGAAAGAAAUGGCACAAGCUGAAGCUGACGGCAUUAACGAAGAAGAAAUAACCGCAAGAGUUAACCGCUUGUUAGUAACCAAGAAUCUACGAGUUAAACAAAUGGAAAAUCUAGGUGGAGCAACAUCGUCUGCAGCUAAAGAACUCUAUUCUAAAUGUGUUGAUAUGAGUGAAUUACGAAGUCGAUAUAAACCAGAACCGGUCCCCGAGCCAGUUUAUCAUUCGCGUAUGGCUACUCGUGCAUCGUAUCGUCGUGGGGCUGGCCUUAUGGAUAAAGUUAAAACCGAUUGUGCCGGCGGUGAUGAUGCAAACAGCGAAGAAGAAGCACCAGCUUUUGCACCAGUAGCAGCGCCAGCAGCGCCUAUUACUGAAAUGACUUAUGAUUUAAGAGAAGAUGAAGCAGUGAGUAUGGCACAAACAGAACGUAUUGUACAGAGAAUGCGAUAUAAAAAAUGA